AUGUCGUUCGAUCGGCUAUCGUCACUUGAGUCGCAACCCACCACCACUCGGAGGCAGGAUGACCCGCAAUACAGAGAUGAUCCAGAGUUUCAAAGGUUAACCGAGUCGCUAUCGACCCGACUCUUCGAAUUGACCUCGAACAUCUCCCGACUUUCCAAUCAACUCUCUAAAAAGGAUACCGAGAGAGGUCGAGAGAGGAUACAUGAUUUGCUGGAGGAGACUAGACAGGGGUUCAAAGAGGUUGGAGAUGGCGUCAAGAGGGCGCAAACCUGGUCAGAUCUGAAUCCUGCACAACGGUACACAAAUCAGAAACUCUCCCGAGAGUUUGCCUCUGCCCUGUCCGAAUUCCAGGUGGUCCAGCGAAGGGCAAUAGAGAGGGAACGAGCGUCAAAAGCUGCACUUGAGGAAACCCAGUCAGGCCAGUCGCCGUUGGCAGAGGGUGGCCAACAGCGCCAGUUGCUUGAAGAACCUCGGCUCGCAGAACAAAGCGAAGUCGACUUUCAGGAAAAUCUGAUUAUUGAACGAGAAGGAGAGAUCCGGCAGAUCGAGCAAUCGGUCGGCGAAUUGAACGAGCUGUUCCGGGAUGUCGCCCAUCUUGUUCGAGACCAAGGCGACAUGAUUGACGCCAUUGAUAUCAACGUCGAGAACACAUUGACCGACACCAGGGGAGCGGACACAGAAUUGCGAAGCGCCAGCCGGUACCAGAAAUCGGCGAGAAACAAGGCCUGUUGUUUGCUAGUCAUUUUAGCAGUGGUCCUCUUGAUUGUGGUUCUGGCUGUUGUUCUCGGAUGA